GGCGUAACCAACGACGUGUGGUGGUACUACACGAUAUCUUCAGCGUUCUACUGGUCGCUGAUGAUCUCUCAGUUCUGGGACGUCCGCCGCAAGGACUUCUGGCAGAUGUUCGUCCACCACGUGGCCACCAUCGCGCUGUUGUCCUUCAGCUGGGUCUGCAACCUGCACAGGAUCGGGACCUUGGUGCUGUGGUGCCAUGACCUGCCGGAUAUAUUUGUUGAGUCGGUGAAGGCGGCCAAGUACGCGAAAUACCAGAAGCUGUGCGACGCGCUGUUCCUCGUGCUCAUCGUGUCGUGGCUUGCCACGCGCGUCGGCAUCUUCCCCUUCUACAUCAUCCGCAGCACGUUGAUCCGCGCGCCGCAGCUGGUGCCGAUGUUCCCGGCGUACUACAUCUUCAACACGCUGCUGGUGCUGCUGCAGCUGCUGCACGUGGUGUGGACGUGGCUUAUCCUGCUCAUGGCCUACAACACCAUCAAGGCCGGACAGAUGGAAGGCGACAUUCGUAGCUCGAACUCGGAACUGAGCUCGUCGCCUCACGACUCGGGCCGCGCCUCGCCCACUGGAAACCACCUCAACCACAACCAUCACAAGAAUAAAUAGACUGAUUUAGAUUGAACUAUACAUUGGGAUAUACAACUAGCAGUCGUCUGCCGGACGGGUACUCCAUAUUCCUACCAUAUUGUUAUAUUUUUCGAUCCCUCUACUGUUUUUAUAAGGGAUUUACAUAGAUUAAUGCAGACUUCAACCGCAAUUUUUAGCCUUGUUACUUGUGUGUUGG